AUGAAGGCCUUCAAGAGCUACUUUGCACCAGCAAAGCAGAAGGACACUGCUCUGCAGGACGUCAAGGGGGAGAAGUCUGAGAAGAAGAAGACUAAGCAUGGACAAGCCCACUCAGACUCAUCGUCUGUCGGUGUCAGGAGAACCUCGUCGCUGGCGCCCUCGGGUCUCGGCACACAGCAUUCGAUCAACACCCUGGGCCGGUACAGCAACUGCGGCGACCUCAGGGCCGACGUCACAGUCCACAGCCUCUGGCAGGACCAGCUGAGGAGAUUGUACGCGACCAGCCUCAGUCCCUGGGAGGGCGCGAUUCUCAAGAAGGGCCGCAAUGAUUUCGUCUGCGCCCCAGCAGACAUUCGCAAUGUUCGGAAUGGCCUGUUCGACCUGGUCUGUCAGCUCAACGUCAGCUGUGCCAUUACCAUGAACACACCAGUCAUUCACUCCAUCAUUCGCGGAGUCCUCAGCUCUGGCAGCCUGCCGUACAUCCCGCUCAUGGACGGUCUGCGCCUGCAGGUGCUCGCCAAGAUUUCAGACCUGCCUCGCUGCCACAAGCAUCAGUUUGCGGCAUUCGUGCUGGAGCCGCCCCUGCUGGUGGUUUGGGAUGACGAGGCCGACCGCAUUUUGGAGCGCGCAGAGGGCCUGGAAAAGAACCUCAUUCGGUAUAUCUGGCAGGACGGCGGUGACGAGGAGAGUGGCGACGAGGAGAAGGCCAGUCCCGCCGAGGUGACUGUCGAUGAGAUUACACCCUCCAGCCUUGAGGAGGGCAAGACCGAGGACAGGCCAGUCCGACUGACGAGCCCCGUCAUCGUCGGGAUGACUUUGGGACUCUCGGUGGUCUGCCUUGGUCUCGGAUGGAGGUCCCUCGCGCUACAAACCAUGGUCGAUGGAGACUUUAAACGCUUGGCACUGGUCGCCGUCUCCCCCUUGACCAUGUUUAUCAGUCUGUUCUUCUUCCUCAUCAUCAUCUGCGACAUCUUCCAGAUCAUCGGUCCUAUUUCGUCCCUCACCUCCAACUCCAAGAACUAUUCUGGACAGCCCCCGCGCCGUCUGAACCGCGAGCUUCAGGACCUCCCCCACAUCACGAUCCAGAUGCCUGUGUACAAGGAGAGCCUCGCGCCCGUCAUUCGUCCGACUGUCAUUUCCCUCAAGGCCGCCAUCUCGACCUACGAGCUUCAGGGCGGGACGGCCAACAUUUUCGUCAACGACGACGGCAUGCAGCUCCUCCCCGCUGACGAGGCACUCGGUCGCAAGGAGUUCUACGAGGAGCACAACAUCGGCUGGGUCAGCCGGCCAGCCCAUAAUCCCAAGCCCGAAGAUGAGUCGGUCAAGCCGUUCCUGCGUCGGGGUCGCUUCAAGAAGGCCUCGAACAUGAACUACUGUCUCAUGGUGAGCAACCGCAUCGAGGAGAAGCUGAAGGGCAUCACGAGGGGCGACUCCUGGAGCCAGGAGUCCGAGGAUCGUGUCUACACGCAGGCCCUGGCGCAGGUCUUGCAGGAAGACGAGGGUCGGACGUGGGCCGAAGGCAAUGUGCGCGUCGGCGACUACGUGCUGCUCAUUGACUCGGAUACGCGUGUCCCCAGGGAUUGCCUGCUCGACGCUGUCAGUGAGAUGGAUGCGUCGCCUGAGAUUGCCAUUCUGCAGUACUCUUCCGGUGUCAUGAACGUGACCGAGUCAUUCUUCGAGCGAGCCGUCACCUGGUUCACUCAGCUCAUUUACACAAGUAUCAAGUUUGCCGUUGCCAAUGGAGACAUCCCGCCCUUCGUGGGCCACAACGCAGUUCUUCGAUGGUCUGCCAUCCAGGAUGCUGGUUCUUACACUGACGAGGAUGGCUAUGAGAAGUUCUGGUCCGAGUCGCACGUCUCGGAGGACUUUGACAUGGCACUCCGCCUGCAGACCGCCGGCUACUCUCUCCGGUUCGGCACAUAUCCUGGUGAAGGCUUCAAGGAGGGUGUCUCCCUGACAGUGUACGACGAGUUGGCUCGAUGGGAGAAGUAUGCUUUCGGUGUCAAUGAGCUCCUCUUCCAUCCCUUCCGUCUGUGGUUCGUGCGAGGGCCUUUGACACCCCUCUUCAGGAGGUUCCUCAUGUCCAACAUCGCCUUCUACCGCAAGAUCACCAUCAUGGGCUACAUCGGCACGUACUACGCCAUUGGUGCCUCGUGGAUCCUGACGCUCAUGAACUAUUUCCUGACUGGCUGGUUGUUUGGCUUCUACGACAAGUACUACCUCGAUUCCUUCGCCAUCUACUUCUCGAUCAUCAUCGUGUUCCCUCUCGCCGGAAACAUUGCCCUGGCCGUACUGCGGUACCGCCUCGGCGAACAGUCCUUCCUGCCUGCGCUGUGGAACAAUUUCAAAUGGAUCCCGCUCUUCUCCAUCUUCCUCGGCGGCAUCUCGCUGCACGUCUCGAAAGCCCUGCUCUGCCACUUCUUCGAGAUCAACAUCCAGUGGGGCGCGACCUCGAAAGAGGUCGAGCACUGCAACUUCGUCGAGGAGAUCCCCAAGAUCAUCAAGAGCUUCUGGGGCACGUUCCUCUUCUGCUUCCUCAUGACGGGCCUGCUCGUCACGGGCUACUUCUUCUUCCCGCGCGAGUGGCAGAUCAAGACGUUCGCCUCCAUCUAUCCGCUGGCGUCUGUGACCAUUUGCCACUUUGCGCUGCCCGUACUGCUGAACCCGGCGCUAAUGAAGUUUACCUGGUGA